UUGAGGCAUCCUCACCUUCAAUGACUGACAUUAAUUGGCAGUGUCUGGGAGGUAGGAUGGAGGGAAGGCAAGAGAUAUCCUGAGUAGGCAGUUUCUGCUCUGUCCCUAGUGAGACCACCAAGCUGCUGCUCUCUCAAAGCAGGCCAGUUGGGCUGGAGUGUUCUAAGAUUUUCUUAAAAUAAGGGAAACUGCCAGUUGAGCCCCUGUUUAUGCUGAACUUAGUAUGUUUUCCUAAACCUAAGCUCCACAGAAGUGAUGCUAGCAAGGCUGUCACCAGCUUCACCUCCAACUUCAGGCCUGCCUGGGACGUUUGUGUGGAUAAGGGGGCUGCUUGGACCUGGGAGAGGUGGAAGGGGGCUGGAAGAGAAUAAAUGAAAUCUCCAGCCCUUGAGGAAUUGGCAAUAAUCUGAGCUCAUUAUUCCUCCCAGCAACACUUUGAUGAGCUCCUGUGCAUUAAAGACAUCCUCCAGUCCCUAAUCCCUUAAAAUCUAGGAAACAGGCACUGUUAUUCCCACUUCAGUCUAGGAGAGUACAGCUCAGAGCUAGCAAGUGGCCCAGGAUUCUGCUGACAGUGACGGAACCCAGCCUUUGCUAUAUAACCAUCUGUGGGAGAGCUUUUAAAUAUAACAAUGCUUGGACCAUACUGCAGACCAAUUACAUCAAAAAGUACCCAGAAUGGGUGGUUUUAAAAGAUCUCCAGGUGAUCAUAAUACACAGCCAGGGUUGAGAGUGGCUGCUGAAGACCACAGCUGCUCCUUACUUUAAUCUGUGCCCAAAUCAUUGGGGAUCUGGUUAAAAUAUUGUUUGAUUUAGCAUUUCUCAGUGGGGCCCAAGAUUCUCCCACCCAUUUAAGCUUCCAGGUAAUGGUGAUGCUGCUCUUCCUUGAAGACCAGUACACGUGUAGCUGGUCCAUUGGGUACCUGAUGUUUAAGACUGUGUCAGCCACUCAUAGUUGACCCUGAAGAUCUCAGAUAUGUAGAUAUGUAUCUCAUGCUCUGGUAAAAUUUAAUAUGUGUACUUUUGAGCCAAGAAGGUCAAGAGCUGCCUCUUAACCAGAGGAUGAGCCCAGCUUCUGCUUACAGACUGUUUUGUUCUCUGCUCAGCUGUGCAGUACCCUCCCUUCUUUGUGUGGUGCAGCAGGGGAGCUACUGGUCGCUGAGACUUUGGGUGAAAGUUGACUGGUUCUUCUACGAACCUCAUGACACUUGAGGGAGGUGUGAUCAGGCAAGGCUGGGCAUAUACCCAGACAACAGACUUGUGGGUAGAUCUUGGAAGCAAGCACUAAAGUGAAGUCUGGGUAGGUGAGUGGACUUAGGGUAUUGGGACCAACCCCAAAGUCUGGACAGGCUCUUCCAAAGGUCAACACCAUCUUUAGCGUUUUUUGAGGACCCUGAUGUAUUGGAAAUAAAAUGCUCUAACUAUUUCAUCUGGCAAACCACAAAAACCUAAAUCAGAUUUGUCACAGACAUACAGCCUGACUCAAGUGGUUUCUCUGGAUCCCCUGCAAGGCUCUAUAUUGAAGCUCACUUCUGCAGAUGGGGAGAAUGAAACAACAAAGCCUGUUCUUGUGUGACUAGCAGGAGGUCUAGGUUCAAGGCACAGCUUUAGGGCAUGGUAGGUGGGUGGUCAGAGAGGUAAGACAAGAGUCCUGGUACUUAAAGAUAGUUGGCAAGGGGUUGGUCUGGAACAAGACUGGAGCCCAGCCUGAUCAGCUAUAGAGAUGACUCUCAGCUGAGUCACUGAGUUGGGCGAGGCUUUCAGCCCCCCUGACUGGGCCCAGCUGGGGUGACAGAUGGUGGAAAGGCCUCAGCCAUAGGAGGUGGGGGAUCAUCCAAAAAGGAGCCAUUGGAGGCUGUUCCCGGAGACUGCUUUCAGCCUUGCAUGGCCUUUGAGAGUUCAGAUCUUUGCUGUGGGACCUCAGGAGACCUGUCCACACCUCUGCCUACAGCCCUAGCCCUUCCUCUCCCACCAUCUGGCUUUCUGGCCAGGCUUCCACCCCACAGAGAACCUGGCAAAGGAGCAGCUGGAAAAUGCUUCACUUGGCUGUCAGAUACACCUUCUGUGCUGUUCUUCUAGCCCCACAGCUGGGACAACAAAAGACUUGCCACGUUCCUGACCAGUAAACAUGGAGGGUUAAGGCCAAGAUGCCAGAUGAUGUAGGGAGCCUCUAGUGCUUGCUUCCAUCCCCUAACUGGAUAGGGAAGCUGGGCCUUGGGCUGUUCCCUGCCUCAGCAGUUAAGACAUGCGGUGCUUCUGAAGAGCCAGGCUCUGUUCCAAUUGCUUUAUGGUGAACCCAGUCCUUAUAACUUGGGUAGAUGCCCAAUCCCCCAUAGGUUAGGAAACCGGUAUAGGGAGGGCAAGGGACUUGUCUAAAACUAUCAAACCAAUAAGGGUUAGAACCAAGAUCCAGGCAGCCCUAGCUCCAACCCAUCUGGGUCAGGGCCACAUCAGGGAGCAACUUUGAGGAGUGUCAGCAUAGAUAACAGGUAGGGAUAAUAGAGAGGUGUAGGAAAGAAGGUUAAGAGCGGGGAAAACAGCCCUCAAGUCAGAAAGCCUACUCUAGUAUUUUCAAACACUACCUGAAAACAACAGAAGAGGGAGCCCUGACGUUAGAAAAGUUACUCCUACACUUAAGGAGAAAUGAACUUUGCCAGGAAAGGAGCUACAGGUCAAGGUCAAUUCCCAUACAAAGUUGUAAGGUAAAAGAAUGAGGAGCAGAAUAACAUCCCUCCUAUAUGGAAAGUGUACCAGGAAAACAAAUCACAAUUGUUAACCUCUUUCAAAAUGAGGUCAGACAUUAAGGAAACACAAAGCAAGGCAGGAAAGUGGUGAAUCAGUACUGUAUGUAAGCCCAGGCAGUCAGCUGAUCUGGGCCCCUAACUACUGUGCCUUGCUGCUACUGGAAAGAGAUAGACCAGAUGAAAAUCUCUAUGGUACCACUAGCUUGCUGUGGCCUUAAAUGCCUCAUUGUCCCACUCUGGGACUCAGCUACUUAGAGCUACACUGUAUAAUAUGGGAUCAACCAAUCUCAUUUGGCUCUUUUAAAUAAAAUUUUAAAUCCUAAAUCACACUGGCCACAUUUCAAGUAUUUAGUAGCUGCGUGUGGCCAGUCCAGAGACAGUACAGACCUAGAAUAUCUUUUAUCAUUGUAAAAAGUUCUGUUGGGUGGUGUGUUAGAGGGUUUUAAGCAAACAUUUGGCAGGUGCUGAGUGCAACAGCCCAUGUGUAAGACAAUGGAGUGAUACAGACUGUGGUAGGCAGAAAAGCUUGUGUCCCAUCUAAAGGGCACAGCUGCUACUCGUCUGUAGCCAGUCUGGCUGGUGGAAAUGUAGGGCCUGGUUCCUAAUUCUUUAAGAGAAGCAGAAAUUUGGAGUUUGUGAAAACACAAUUUCUAAACAAAGAAAUGAAACUACAGAUAAUGUGAAUCAAGUAAAAAAACCCUGGUCUUCACCUUGAUUAUGUAAUUCCAUGAGUCCUGCCUAUUUCUCCUGUGCCAGGCCACUCCCUUUUCUUUGCUUGUCAUUCUUACCCAGGUUGGUAGUUGGAUGAAUGGUGGAGUGGAUGAAGUGCCAUUCCUUUCUGGUCAGGGCCACAUCAGGGAGCAACUCAGGGGAGUGUCAGCAUAGCUAGCAGGUAGGGAUAAUACAGAGGUGUAGGAAAGAAGGUUAAGAGCGGGGAAAACUGAGCCCGCAAGUCAGACAGCCUGCUCUAGUAUUUUCAAACACUACCUGGUAGUGGUUUCUAAAGUCUGAUCGAAGUCUCAGGACAAGGCUCUUGAGUUGCCUAGUAAACUUGGUUCCCUUUGUGUGACUUCAAGGGACAUGUCCAAAAUCCAAGACUAGCUGAAGGAAGGGAUGGGGGUUAGGUGAGAGGUGUGACGUUCCUGAACAGGCCAAGCACUGGAUGAAACUACCCAGGAUUCAGAAGCAGGUGGGUGGAGUACAGUACUCAUAUAUUCCUUUCCCCCACUUGCCUCUACCCACAACAGCAGGGAGCCAAGGGGGAGCAACAGACCAGAGAGAACUGGAGAGGAAAGGGCUAGAUUAACAUGUGGUGCUUCUGAUCCAUUUGAUUCUAUGGGAGCAUCAGUGUUGCCUGAGAUCCCUUCCUUGAGAGGUCACCCAAGUCUGAACAGUUCAUCUGAGGAUCGCUUAUAGCAGGAGGGGAGAGAGUCGUAGACAAAGAUCAUGCUCAUGUUUGAAUAUAGUCGGGGCCCUCUCAAUUCCCUGAAAUGAGCCUGCCCCUGGAGGAGCCUCAGCUCCCCACAGUGCUGGUGAAGGCGCUAGUACCUCCAGAGAUACCAACUCUCCCAGCCUCCUACACCACAGUUGGGAGAUUGGGAAAGUUUUGAUCUAAAAUCCCUCCAGGUGCUGAAGGCAGCUUAGGGGAGGGAAAGUUGAUGGGAAUGAGGGAAAUAAAUCAGUGGAGAGCCCUGGGCUACUGUGGUUAACUGCAUCAAGCAGUUCUUGACAGGGGUGAGGUCUGGAUGGCCUGUGUUGCCCUGGGUGGGAAGAAGAGGUGGAUGUGGGAAUGGUGAAGGUGGAACAAUCUGAGCUGGAGGAGGAAGAUUGCAUUUCCCAACCCUACCUGUCUUCAGGCUUGUGCUUUGCCUCCUGCCAGGCCCCUGUGUUCAUCUUGCAUCUUUUCCCCACCUGUCUGUCACUCUGUGCCGCCCUGGUCUUAGGAGUCACCAUGGCAACUGAAGAGUCCAUCAUCCGCAUCCCCCCAUACCACUACAUCCACGUGCUGGACCAGAACAGCAACGUGUCCCAUGUGGAGGUUGGGCCGAAGACCUACAUCCGGCAGGACAAUGAGAGGAUCCUGUUUACCCCCAUGUGCAUGGUGACUGUCCCCCCACACCACUAUUGCACAGUGGCCAACCCAGUGUCCCGGGAUGCCCAGGGCUGCGUGCUGUUUGAUAUCACAGGACAAGUACGGCUGCGACACGCUGACUUAGAAAUCCGGCUGGCCCAGGACCCCUUCCCCCUGUACCCAGGAGAGGUUCUGGAAAAGGACAUCACCCCACUGCAGGUGGUCCUGCCCAACACUGCCCUCCAUCUCAAGGCAUUGCUGGAUUUUGAGGAUAAGAAUGGAGAGAAAGUGGUGGCAGGAGAUGAGUGGCUAUUUGAGGGACCUGGCACAUAUAUCCCCCAGAAAGAGGUGGAGGUAGUGGAGAUCAUUCAGGCCACAAUCAUCAGGCAGAACCAGGCCCUGCGGCUGAGAGCCCGCAAGGAGUGCUGCGACCGAGACAAGAAGGAGCGGGUGACAGGAGAAGAAUGGCUGGUCCGCUCAGUGGGUGCAUAUCUCCCAGCAGUGUUUGAGGAGGUUCUGGAUUUGGUAGAUGCUGUGAUCCUUACAGAAAAGACAGCCCUGCACCUCCGGGCUCGGCAGAACUUUGUGGACUUUGGAAGAGUGCUCCGCCACACUGGGGAGGAGUGGCUGGUGACUGUGCAGGACACGGAGGCCCAUGUGCCUGAUGUCUACGAGGAGGUGCUGGGCGUUGUGCCCAUCACCACCUUGGGCCCCCACAACUACUGUGUGAUUCUUGAUCCAGUUGGACUGGAUGGCAAGAACCAGCUGGGGCAAAAGCGUGUUGUGAAGGGAGAGAAGUCUUUUUUCCUCCAGCCAGGAGAGAGGCUCGAACGAGGCAUCCAGGAUGUGUAUGUGCUGUCAGAGCAGCAGGGACUGUUGCUGAGGGCCCUGCAGCCCCUGGAGGAGGGCAACGAUGAGAAGAAGGUCUCACACCAGGCAGGGGACCGCUGGCUUAUUCGGGGACCCCUGGAGUAUGUACCUUCUACCAAAGUGGAGGUGGUGGAAGAGCGUCAGGCCAUCCCUCUGGAUGAGAAUGAAGGCAUCUAUGUGCAGGACAUCAAGACCGGAAGGGUGCGUGCUGUGAUCGGAAGCACCUACAUGCUGACCCAGGACGAAGUCCUGUGGGAGAAAGAGCUCCUCCCUGGGGUGGAGGAGCUGCUGAACAAGGGACAGGACCCUCUGGCAGACAGGGGUGAGAAGGAGGCAACCAGGACCCUUCAGCCUCCUGCUCCGCGGAACAAGACCCGUGUGGUAAGCUACCGUGUGCCUCACAACGCUGCUGUGCAGGUGUAUGACUACAGAGAGAAGAGAGCUCGCUCCCUCUACAGCGUGGUCUUUGGGCCUGAGCUGGUGUCACUGGGUCCUGAGGAGCAGUUCACAGUGCUGUCCCUCUCGGCAGGGCGGCCCAAGCGUCCCCAUGCCCGCCGUGCGCUCUGCCUGCUGCUUGGGCCUGAUUUCUUCACAGAUGUCAUCACCAUCGAAACAGCAGACCAUGCCAGGCUGCAGCUGCAGCUUGCCUACAACUGGCACUUUGAGCUGAGUGACUGGAAGGACCCCCGAGAGAUGGCCAAGCUCUUCUCAGUGCCUGACUUUGUGGGUGAUGCCUGCAAGGCCAUUGCAUCCCGUGUGCGGGGGGCUGUGGCCUCUGUCACCUUUGAUGACUUCCAUAAGAAUUCAGCCCGCAUUAUUCGCACUGCUGUUUUUGGCUUUGAGACUCCAGAAGUCAAGGGGCCUGAAAGCAUACCCCAGCCCCGAGACCAGGCUGUCUUCCCCCAGAAUGGACUGGUGGUCAGCAGUGUGGAUGUGCAGUCGGUAGAGCCCGUGGAUCAGAGGACCCGGGAUGCCCUACAGCGCAGUGUGCAGUUGGCCAUUGAGAUCACCACCAACUCCCAGGAGGCAGCUGCCAAGCACGAGGCUCAGAGACUGGAGCAAGAAGCCCGUGGCCGGCUUGAGAGGCAGAAGAUCUUAGACCAAUCAGAAGCUGAGAAAGCACGAAGGGAACUCUUGGAGCUGGAGGCGCUGAGCACUGCUGUGGAGAGCACUGGGGCAGCCAAGGCAGAGGCAGAGUCCCGUGUGGAGGCGGCACGCAUAGAGGGAGAAGGCUCCGUGCUGCAGGCCAAGCUGAAAGCAGAGGCCUUGGCCAUUGAGACGGAAGCUGAACUCCAGCGGGUACAGAAAGUGCGGGAGCUAGAACUGGUCUAUGCCCGGGCCCAGCUGGAGCUGGAGGUGCGCAAGGCCCAGCAGCUGGCUGAGGUGGAGGUGAAGAAGUUCAGGCAGAUGACAGAGGCGCUGGGUCCCAGCACCAUCAGGGACCUUGCUGUGGCUGGCCCAGAGAUGCAGGUAAAACUGCUCCAGAGCCUGGGCCUGAAAUCAACCCUCAUCACCGAUGGCUCCACUCCCAUCAACCUCUUCAACACUGCCUGGGGGCUUCUGGGUCUAGCGUCUGAGGCCCAGCCCCCAGCCAAAACAGCAGCGGCAGUACCCAGACCCCAAGAGGGCUCACUUCUUCAGCCCCCUCUUGCCCCUCAUGCUCUUGGCAGCAACCAUAUGGCACCUUAGCUCCGUACUGCACUGACAAAUAAAACCAACACUUCUGGGCAUUUAAACCCU